UGAAACUUGAAGUACUCUUUCCGGCAGCUGGAAUUUUCCUCUUCGUCUGUUCGACGAGCGCAACGAUCAUAACGGAAGCACAAAAAUUAUAUUUUCUGAAUAAAACGGAUCUGCAAAUAUGGAUGGAUGCAUUUCGACACCCACAUGAAGAUAGCUAUCUUUCAGUGUAUCUAUUUUUCUCGACAUCUGGCUGGAAAUGUGAACUGCUACUGCCGAAAUGAUCGCUUGUAACUUUCUGGCGCUCAGAGUGGAAGGGGGGGACUGAAAGUAGACUACAUUUAGUCGGUCAAGGGUUUCUCCUCUCUGAUCGCAGAAAAAUGAUAACCGGUUCUUUGAUCCGGGCUCUCGAUUUUCUUCACAAUCAGGUAGAGUUAAUCGACAAGUAUGGCUACAAUCCAGAAACACAUGUGGUGGCUACUUAUGAUAAGUACAUUUUAGAAAUGCACCGAAUAACUGGACCAAAAAACAAUUCAAACCCUAAAGGUAAACCAACUGUGUUCCUUAUGCACGGAUUGCUUCUCAGCUCUAAUGACUGGAUUAUUGCAGGUCCAAGAAAAGCUUUCGGUUAUAUAUUAGCGGAAGCAGGGUACGAUGUUUGGAUGGGAAAUGCGAGAGGAACUUUUUAUUCUAGAAAGCAUCUAAAUUCUUCAAUUAGCAAAAAGUCGUACUGGUCAUUCAGUUGGCAUGAAAUCGGCACUCGAGAUUUGCCUGCAAUGAUUGAUUACAUUUUGGAAAAAACAGGUCACAAAAAAAUAUUUUAUGUCGGCCACAGUCAAGGCAGUACGAGUUUUUUCGUAAUGGCAUCCGAAUUACCAAAAUAUAACGAAAAAAUUAUAUCCAUGAACGCCCUGGCACCUAUAGCUUUCUGUAAAAAUUUGAAAAGUCCUCUAGCCAGAAUUCUUGAUUUAGCGAGCAACGAAAUAGAGGUUUUAACAAAACUGAUCGGAAUUUACGAGUUCCCCCCAACGAAUUUAUUUUUGGUCAAAAUUAUUUCAAAAGUUUGCGAUGAAACUUCUUUCAUUCAACCAUUGUGCGUGAAUCUUCUAUUUAUUUUGUGUGGAUUCAGUCCAAGCCAAAUGAACCUGACAUGGCUUCCAAUAGAACUUGCUCAUCUCCCGGCCGGCGCGUCACUAAAACAGUUUGCACAUUACGCCCAGCUUAUAAAAAGCAAUAAAUUUCGCAAAUUUGAUUAUGGACUAACUGGCAAUUUGAAGAAAUACGGGAAGCUUUUCCCUCCAGAUUAUAACUUAAGUAAGAUUACAACACGUGUUGCUCUUCAUUAUUCCGACAACGAUUAUUUCGCAGCUACCUCGGACGUCGCAAGGCUUUACAGACAGUUGAGAAAUCCAAUUGGUAAAAUCAGAGUUCCUGAUCAUACCUUCAAUCAUGUGGAUUUCAUGUGGGGGAUCGACGCAAAUACUUUGAUAUAUGAAAAAAUUAUGAGAAUUAUGUCACGUUAUCAAAGCGAAGCUAUAAAUUGAUAAAAUGAACCUGGAAAAUAUAUGUUUUAAACAUAUAUUUUAUUGUUCAGAGCUUUUCUUCUAGGCUUUCUUUAAACGGUUUAUUUUGUGCUG